AUGAACGCAACAUUUGUGAUUGUUGGAGGUGGUAUUGCCGGUGUCACAUGUGCCGAGAGUAUUUCUUUUCUUGCACCGGAAGAAAAGAUAAUUUUAAUAACAGCGAGUUCAUUAAUCAAAGCAAUUACCAAUAUUGUUCCUUUGGCUAAAACUGUUUUUCAAUUUGACGUCGAGGAACGUGAUACAACAUUAUUUUCACAAGAACACAAUUCAAUAACUGUCAUUCAUGAUAUUGUCAUCGAAGUAAAUGCAAAAGAGAAAUAUUUAAAAACCACAACCGGUAAGAUUAUAAAUUAUCAAAAACUUUGUCUUUGCACUGGUGCAAGUCCAAAAAUAAUUGCUGAAAAUAAUCCCUAUGUAAUUGGUAUUCGUGAUACUGAAUCGGUUGGUAAUUUUUUGGAGAAAAUAAAAAAUGCUAGGAGAAUUAUCAUUGUUGGUAAUGGUGGUAUUGCAACGGAACUUGUUUAUAAAAUACGUGGAAUUGAAGUUGUUUGGGUGAUUAAGGAUAAACAUAUUUCAGCAACAUUUGUCGAUCCUGGAGCAGCAAAAUUUUUUCACGAACGUUUAGAAAAUAAAUCAAAUGAAGAAACAAUUGUUGAGAAAAAUUAUUGUUUUAAAAGAGCACGAUAUACAACAGCUAAUAAUGAAAAAUCAAUAAAUAUUGGUCCAGCACUUGGUCCAGAUUGGCAUAAUUUUAAAUUAACAAAUAUCCCCUCAUUGCCAAAUGAAAUUCAAAUUAAAUAUGAAUGUGAAAUAUUGAGAAUUAAAAAUUGUAAUGAUAAUUGGCCGGUGAUUGUUGAACUAUCAAAUGGAGAAAUAAUUGAAUGUGAUCUUGUAAUUUCUGCCACGGGAGUAAUACCAAAUGCAAAUCUAUUAGGAUUGGAGGAUUUGAAAAAAGGUGAAGACGGUGGUUAUUUAGUUGAUUGGAAAUUAAUGACAUCAAUGGAGGAUAUUUUUGCAGCUGGCGAUGUUUGUUCGGCAAAUUGGGAUUUAGCGACACAUUGGUUUCAAAUGCGUUUAUGGACACAGGCACAUCAAAUGGGACAAUAUGCGGCAAAAUCAAUGAUUUCAAUAAUGCGUAAUGAAAAAUUUUAUCAAGAUUUUUGCUUUGAAUUGUUUGCACACGUUACAAAAUUUUUUGAUUAUAAAGUUGUACUUCUUGGACUUUAUAAUGGUCAAACUUUAAAUCAAAAUUAUGAAAUUCUAUUGCGAAUGACAAAGAAUCAGGAAUAUGUGAAAUUGAUUUUAAAAGAUGGAAAAAUGCAAGGCGCUGUUCUUAUUGGGGAAACUGAUUUAGAAGAAAUGUGCGAAAAUCUUAUACUCAAUCAAUUGGAUCUUAGUAUUUAUGGUGAAGAUUUACUCAAUCCGGACAUUGAUAUUGAAGAUUAUUUCGAUUAAUUAGAUUUGGAUUACGUUUUUUUUUUUAAUUAUACAAGUUUAAAUAAAAGAAGAAAAAAAGUAUAA